AUGAGCAUUAGCCUCGAACAUAUCCUUGGCUUCAAGGUCAAAGUCACGAAUGUUUUGGAUGUCGCCUCAGCCGGAAACAUAUACUCUUACAAUUCUUCGAACAACACAAUAACGCUUCAACUGACCAAAAGCGCGCAUCACGCACAGCAGUUCAAAGUCAUCAGGCUGUCGUUUAUAAAGAGCCUGGAAGUAAUAGGUGAAAGGCCGACUAAGAACAGUUUCAGAAAGGACUCAAUGAAGCCAAUCGAGAUAAGAAUAGAAAAUGUGAGAGAAGCUCUCCAAAAUAAGGUUCAACAGGCUCAAGGCGCUACAGCGGCGAUUCAGGAACAUAUUGUAACGGCGUCUAAAUAG